AUGUCGUGGGAAGUCAUAAGGUUCAAUGUAGAGCACGCAUGUACAAUGACCUCCUUGAAACAAAACCACAAACAUUUAGAUUCGGAUGUCAUAUGCUCUUAUGUGAAGCUAGUGGUGGAAAAAAAUCCAAGAGUAUUCGUUUUUGUGUUAGUGGCAUCCAUUCGGAAUACAUUUGGUUAUAUUACGACUUAUUACAAGGCAUGGAUGGCUAAACGGAAAGCAAUGACCUUGUGGUAUGGCAAUUGGGAUCAGUCAUAUAAUGAGCUACCACGUCUGCUGCAAGCAAUGAAAUUUUUCAUCCCUGGAACCAUUGUUAGGUACUAUACUCAUACUGCAAUCACACUUGAGGGAGACGUUAUCCCCAAGAAUAGAAUUUUUGAUGGCUUACUCUGGGCAUUUAAGCCAGCUAUCGAAAGGUUUAGAUUUUGUAAACAAAUGAUUCAAGUCGAUGGCACUUUUCUGUAUGGGCUCUACAGAAACGUCUUGAUGAUAGUCGUUGCACAAGAUGGAGACAGAAAUAUUUUCCCCAUUGCUUUCGCUAUUGUUAAAAAAGAAUCGGAGGAAACUUGGAAUUUCAUUAUCUCCAACUUGUGUUCCCAUGUUGUCACUCAAGCAGGGGUUUGCAUGAUCUCAGAUCGGUCAUCUGGGUUGUUAAGCACAAUUGGUAGACCCGAAAAUAGAUGGACGCCACCUCACGGAUAUCUUGCAUAUUCUAUACGUCAUAUCGCGUCAAAUGCAAUGAAGAGGUUUAAGCAGAAAAAUAUCAAAAAGGAGAUUAUCAACAUGGGGUAUGCUUUACUCCAACCAAACUUCCGUGCACGACUUGAAAAUUUGAGAAGAUACGAAGAUGAUGUGUAUGAGUUUGCAGCUGAAAUACCAAUAGAGAUAUGGUCACAAGCAUAUGAUGUUAAGGGUCGACGUUACGACCAUAUGACUACCAACCUUGCUGAAUGUAUCAACUCAGUGCUGAAAAUGACUCGACGUCUCCCGAUAGCAAGUAUUGUUAGGGAGACUUACUUUAGGUUAGGUAAAGUAUGGGCAGAAAAAAGUUCACAAAUUGAUGUCAUGAUCAGCGAUGAGAGAAAUUGGGCUCUAGAUUUAGAGAAGGCAAUGCAAAAGAAUCAAACACAUGCGACAUCAAUUUUUGUCCACAAUUUUGCCAGACUUGAUUCUGAUUUCGUUGUCCAAGCUCUAGUUCGACCACAUGAGGGAGGUAAUUCUACAACAUACACUAGUAAUCUGAAUAGAAGAUGGUGUGAUCGUGGUCGAUUUCAAGCUUUUAAAUUCCCAUGUGCUCACGCUGUUGUUACAUGUAUGCACAUCAAUGUUGACCCAUACUUUUAUGUUGAUUACUGUUAUAGCUUGCACACUAUGCGUAACAUUUACAGUUGUGACUUCAAGUACCUCCCAAAUGAAGCAUAUUGA